AUGACGGCGCUCGACAUGGCCGCCACUGCCAUUGCAUGCAAUGCCUCGCGCACUGCACAGGCUGUGUUUGGUGAAGGCCGGGUGGCCAUCUUUCAGCGGAAGGCUUCCAGCAAGGGCUGGUCAUUGCAUGCCACCCUCCCUGCCGAUGACCUGUGCAUCACGCAGCUGUGCUGGGCUCCUGCCGAGUUUGGCAGGGUGAUUGCUGGGGGGACCGCCGACGGGAGCGUGGUCGUGUGGCAAGAGACGCCAGGCGAGCAGGGAUCUUGGCGGCUGGUGGCGGCGCUCAAGGAGGCCACGCUGGCGGUGCUGGACGUGGCCUUUGCGCCACCGCCGCUGGGGCCGCUGUUGGCCGUUGCCUACGCCGAUGGCUUUGUCAGGCUCUUCGUGGCAUCCAGCGAGCUGGCACCAGCCAGCUGGGAGCUACAAAACCACUUUCAGAUAGGCAUCGGCAGCGGCGCGGACUACGGCGGACGGCCGGUGGCAGAUGUGGCAUGGGCGCCGGCGAUGGGCCGGCCCUGCGACGUCGUGGCGGUGGCAGCGGGCGCCACAGUGCUGCUUUGGGAGCUGUGGGGCACAGCGGACGGUCUGCAGUCGCGUCAGCUGGUGCGCCUGCAGCAUGCGACACCCGUCUGGCAGGUGGCGUGGAACCCGCUGGGCAACUGGCUGGCGGCAUCUAUUGAGGGCCGAGAGGUCUGCAUGUGGCGGCCCGACCUGGGCGGGGAGUGGCUGUUGCUGAGCCGCUUUGCAGCCGCGCCAAAAAAUAAAACUGACACCGAGUGA